AGGUGGUUUUGCCACAAUAUAUUUAGCAACAUGGAAAGAUGGACCAUUAUCUUAUUAUGGACGUGAUACUAAGUAUGUAAGGGAUAAGAAAAAAAUCAUUUUAAAACAAUUAGAUGAUUCACAAAAUAUUACUACAGAAUUUUUAAAUGAGGUUAAAAAAUAUUCAAUUAAAAAAUACAAAGAAAUUCUUGCAAUAUAUGGAAUAUCUCAAAAUCCUGAUACGAAAAAUUAUAUUAUGGUUCUUGAUUAUGCAGAAGGUGGAAAUUUAUAUAAUUUAGUAAACAAGCAUUAUAAGAAAUUUGAUUGGACGUAUAAUAUAGAAGCGUUAACGAGUAUUAUUACUGGUCUUAAAGAAAUUCAUGAUAAUCAAAUGGUUCAUCGUGAUCUUCAUACAGGUAAUAUAUUAUCAAUAUCCGCUGAUUUAGAAAUUCUUGUUUCAAUGUGUAUAUCAGAUAUGGGAUUAUGUGGGAAAUCUGAUAAUAUAGAUAAAACAAAUAUUUAUGGAGUUAUGCCUUAUGUAGCUCCUGAAGUAUUAAGAGGAAAUCCAUAUACUCAAGCAGCAGAUAUAUAUAGCUUUGGUAUGAUUAUGUAUUUUAUAGCAACUGGUAGACAACCUUUUUACAAUCAUGCACAUGAUGAAGGUUUAGCAUUAGAUAUCUGUAAUGGAAUUAGACCUUAUAUAAAUGAUCAAGAAGCACCGAAAUGUUAUAUUGACUUAAUGAAAUGGUGUUGGAACACAAAUCCAGACAAUAGACCAAAAGUAACUGAAGUAUAUAAAUUGAUUGAGAUAUUUCGUUUAAAUAUUUAUAGAGAACAACAAGAUUAUGAUAUUGAAGAGCAAUUCAAAAAGGCAAAUGAGUAUAAAAAAUCAAAUUUCUUAUUUUUAGAGGAAAGAAGACAAUCAACAAUUCACUCACAAGCUGUUUAUACAUCUCGACUACUUAAUUCCUUUACAAAAAGUCUUCCUCAUUCUGAAUGUUUAGAGUGUGAAAUAUAAUAUUACAAUUCUAUUUAUUAUAUUAGUAAUUGCAUUUAAAAAAAGAAAUGGGUUAAAAUUAGGUUUGUCAAAUUUGUCAAAGAAAUUUAUGUUCUUUAAUAUGAAUGAUGAAAUCUAUAUUAUAUAUUGAUUUGUUCAACACUGAUUAUAGAGUAUAUGUAAAAUUUCUUUUAAUUUACAUAAAUUAAAUCAGUUUGUAA